CCUAUCAACUGGAAAAAAAUUAGGGCACAAUAUUCUCGUUUCACGUCCGCGACUCAUAGAUCCCUCGGAAAAUCCUUCACGGUUUGUCCAGUAAUUCUGAAUUCCGCGGCGUAUUUUCAGCUUCCGGGAGAUCUAACAUUAUCUUAACUUGAAUUGGGCGUGAGGAAAUUUCUUACUUUAGUCUCCCUUGUUCCGGUCUUCUGAUUUAUAGAUUUGUCGUUUGCUUCCGCUCAAAUCUAUGAUCUUUCGGGAGUAAUUUUCUCGAUGGAAAAUUUUGGCUGAUUGAAGUUUUCGAGAACAGAUCCAGAGAACAUUCUCGAAGAAGCUCGUGCUUUGGUGCAUCUAGACAGGUCUCGUACCACGUUUUGAUUUCUUAGGUUCCCUGUGAAGAAUCAUCGGGAAAGGACACAAAUGGAUUACCGACCUUCUGAUAGUAGUGGUACAGAUGAUGACCUACCUCCAUCACAUCAAAGUAGAUAUCAAAGAAGUGGCAGACCUGCUGGUAAUGGCAGGCCUUCAGUUCUCAAUUCUGCUCCUUUAUCAAGGGUGCACAAUGACAUGGAAACUCAAAUUCAUCUCAUUGAGCAAGAAGCGUAUAGCUCGAUACUCCGUGCAUUUAAAGCCCAGUCUGAUGCAAUUACCUGGGAAAAAGAAAGUUUGAUCACUGAACUCAGAAAAGAACUCCGGGUAUCUGAUGAGGAACACAGAGAGCUGUUAUCAAGGGUUAAUGCUGAUGAAAUGAUCAGGCGAAUAAGAGAAUGGAGAAAGGCGAACGGCCUUCAGUCCAGUGUUCCACAGCUAGUUCAUGAUGCUGCUCCGAGUCCUGCUGUUUCAGGAUCACGUAAGAAGCAAAAGACAUCACAAUCAAUCGCUUCGUUAGCAAUGGGCCCGCCAUCUCCUGCUCUUCACCCCUCGAUGCAACCAUCUUCAUCUGCGCUUAGGAGGGGAGGUCCUCCACCAGGUCCAAAGACCAAGAAGCCAAAGACAUCGAUGCAGUUCCCAGCUACAGGCAUUGCUGGAAGGCCCCAGGCUGGCGCCUUAACAAAUGAACCAGGUGAAUCAGGAUCAUAUGACCCGUUGAUUGGAAGGAAGGUUUGGACAAAGUGGCCUGAGGACAACCAUUUCUAUGAAGCUGUUAUUACUGACUACAACCCUGUUGAGGGGCGGCAUGCUUUAGUGUAUGAUAUUAACACCGGGAAUGAAACUUGGGAAUGGGUAAAUCUCAAAGAGAUAUCUCCGGGAGAUAUCAGAUGGGAAGGUGAGGAUCCUGGGGUUUCUCGUAAAGGAGGACAUCCUGGGCAAGGCCGUGGAACAGCAAAGACCAUGGCUCGUGGUGGUCCCACAGGCAACGCCGUGGGUAGAGGUAGGGGAAGCAUGAAGACACAGCAACCCAAGGCACAGAAUGGCAUCGGGAAGAAAGCUUUAGGCGAUAUCGAAAUACUCCACACUGAUACACUAAUAAAAGAGGUAGAAAAAGUUUUUGGAUCAGUUAACCCCAACCCAGCAGAGGUAGAGAAGGCAAAGAAAGUGCUGAGAGAUCAUGAGCAAGCUCUUAUGGAUGCAAUUGCGAAGCUCGAAGAAAUAUCAGACGGAGAAAGUGGUAAUAUAUGAUAGGGCUACCCUUCUAACUCUCCUCAGAUGAUGGAGUCAGAGCAUUGGACUGGCUAGAAGGUGUAGAUGGUGGUGGCAAUGUGAAUUAAUGAGGGAGAUUUCGAAACUUAUAUGGGAUGGCAAAAUGUAUUUUAUUUAGGGAGAUGAUUUUUAAUGACCUUUGUGUGCCACAUAACUCCAAUAACUGGAUUUGGAAAUUAGGGUCUUAAGCAUUGUAAAAUCCAUCAGACUUCAUAUAAAUGUAGAAUGUUGCA